UUCUCAAAUUAUGAGCAUUUUAUGUCAUUCUGCAGGUUGAAGAUGUGAAGAAAACCAUAGAAACUGCUCAGGGAUCAGAUAUUUAUCCUGCUGCACAACAGAUGCUAAUCUAUCAAGGAAAAGUUCUCAAGGAUGGCUCAACACUGGAAGAAAAUAAUGUUGCUGAGAAUAGUUAUGUUGUCAUCAUGCUUACAAAGAACAAGAGCUCAUCAGGUGAAGGUUCAACCACAUCAAAUGCUCCUGCUGCAACGGUAACGACAAAUAGUAUUUCAUACUUUACUAUUAAUUUGUGUUCUGCUAAUGCUGUUAAUGUGAGUGAAGUUACCAUUGUUCUCGUUAAAUUCCACUUUGUUUAUGUGAUUGGAAGUUACCAUUUUGCUCAUUAAAUCACUUUGUUCAUG